GCCCGGGACCGCAGACGGCGCCCGGCGGCGGCGCGAACGGCAGCGAGUAGGGUUGCUCCGAGCUUGCUGUUCACCGCGACUUCUCGCGCAGGGCCCGGCCGUACUAGGACCCGCGGCCUGGGCGACGCUGGAGGAUGCGGACGCGGAGGCAGCCUGGCGUAGCGGCGGCGGGAGACCUGGUGCGCUGCAGGUCAGAAGUUGAGUAGCAGAGGCCCAGGAGGGCUCGAAACCUUCACAGCGAUGGCAGAAAAGCGACCCCUGAGAACCCUGGGGCCUGUGAUGUAUGGCAAGCUGCCCCGCUUAGAGACAGACUCGGGGCCCGAGCACAGCCUGCACCACUCUGUUGGUAACCAGGACCCCUGCACCUACAAGGGGUCCUACUUCUCCUGCCCCAUGGCGGGUACUCCCAAGGCCGAGUCUGAGCAGUUGGCGUCCUGGACCCCAUACCCACCGUUGUAUUCUACCAGUAUGGCAGGACCCCCACUUCGGACGGAUAACCUGCUGACCAACUGCCUGUUCUACCGCUCGCCAGCAGAAGGCUCUGAGAAGAUGCAGGACUCCAGCCCUGUUGAGCUCCUGCCUUUCAGUCCCCAGGGUCACUCCUACCCAGGUCCGCCGCUGGCAGCGCCCAAACCUGUCUACCGCAACCCUCUGUGCUAUGGACUCUCAACUUGCCUGGGGGAAGGAGCAGUGAAGAGGCCACUGGAUGUUGACUGGACUCUGGUGACUGGGCCCCUGUUGCCUUCAGCUGACCCACCCUGCUCUCUGGCCUCAGCUCCUAGCAAGGGCCAGACCCUGGAUGGCACCUUCUUGCGGGGGGUGCCAGCUGGGGGGUCCAGUAAAGACUCCUCGGGGAGCUUCUCCCCAUGCCAGCCCUUCCUGGAGAAGUAUCAGACCAUCCACAGCACGGGCUUCCUGGCCGCCAGGUACACAGGUCCUUAUCCUAGGAACUCCAAGCAAGUAAUGUCCGAGGGGCCAAGUCCUUGGACCCAGCUGGCCCAGCCCCUGGGGCCACCCUUUCAGGACACCGGGCCCACCCACUACCCGCCGCCCCACCACCCACCACCCCACCCUCCACAGGCCCUGCCUUGCCCUCCAGCCUGUCGCCACCCAGAGAAGCAGGGUAGGUACAGCCCAGCACUCCCCCUGCAGCCUCUGGGGGGCCACAAGGGGACCGGGUACCAGUCUGGUGGGCUGGGCAGCCCCUACCUGAGGCAGCAAGCAGCCCAGGCACCUUACAUUCCCCCGCUGGGGCUGGACACUUACCCCUACCCCUCUGCCCCUCUCCCAGCACCCUCUCCAGGCCUCAAGCUGGAGCCGCCUCUCGCUCCACGGUGCCCAGUGGACUUUGUCCCCCAGACACUGAGUUUUCCUUAUGCCCGGGAUGACCUCUCUCUCUACGGAGCAUCCCCCGGGCUUGGAGGGACGCCACCUUCCCAGAACAAUGUGCGGGCUGUGCCACAGCCUGGUGCCUUCCAGAGGGCAUGCCAGCCUUUGCCAGCGAGCCAGCCCUGCUCAGAGCCUCUAAGGCCUGCACAGGAAGCCGAAGAGAAGACCUGGCUUCCCAGCUGCGGGAAAGAGCAGCUCCAGCCCCAGCUCAGUGAGCACUCUGGGCCGCCCAUCGUCAUUCGAGACAGUCCAGUUCCCCGUACCCCCCCAGCACUGCCCCCCUGUGCCCGGGAGUGCCAGUCUUUUCCACAGAAGGAGGGCGCAAGGCCACCCAGCUCUCCACCAAUGCCUGUCAUAGACAAUGUCUUCAGCCUGGCUCCCUACCGUGACUAUCUGGAUGUGCCGGCACCCGAGGCCACAACUGAGCCUGACUCUGCCACAGCUGAGCCUGGCUCAACUCCAGCCACCAAUGAAGGUCAGGACAAAGGCUCCAGGGGGACCCCGCUCGCCCAGGAGGGCCCCUCAGGGAGUGAGCCCCUAAGGGGCUCACUUAAAGAGGAGGUAGCCCUGGAUUUGAGUGUGAGGAAGCCCACAGCAGAGGCCUCCCACGUCAAGGCUCCCAGUCCUGUGGAGCAUGCCAAGCCCACUGCAGUCAUGGACGUGCCGGAUGUGGGCAACAUGGUGUCAGAUCUGCCAGGCCUGAAAAAGAUAGACACAGAAGCACCAGGCUUACCUGGGGUGCCAGUGACCACAGAUGCUAUGCCAAGUACCAACUUCCACAGCUCUGUGGCCUUCAUGUUCCGAAAGUUCAAGAUCCUCCGUCCGGCACCUUUGCCUGCAGCUGUGGUCCCGUCCACACCCACCUCAGCUCCUGCUCCCACACAGCCUGCACCCACCCCCACAUCUGGGCCCAUUGGACUGCGGAUUCUCGCUCAACAGCCCUUGUCCGUGACCUGCUUCAGCCUGGCACUGCCCAGCUCUCCAGCUGUAGCAGUGGCCUCCCCUGCCCCUGCUCCAGUUCCAUCCCCUGCUCCGGCUCCAGCUCAGGCUCCAGCUUCAGCCCAGGAUCCAGCUCCAGCUCCAGUUGCAGGCCCUGCUCCGGCAUCUACUUCAGCCCCAGGGGACUCCCCGGAGCAGCACUUUACAGGACUACACGCGUCCCUGUGUGAUGCUAUUUCUGGCUCUGUGGCCCACUCUCCUCCAGAGAAGCUUCGUGAGUGGCUAGAGACGGCUGGGCCCUGGGGCCAGGCUGCGUGGCAGGACUGCCAGGGUGUGCAGGGGCUGCUGACCAAGCUACUGUCCCAGCUGCAGCGCUUCGAUCGCACCCACCGGUGUCCCUUCCCCCAUGUGGUGCGAGCUGGUGCCAUCUUCGUGCCCAUCCACCUGGUAAAGGAGCGGCUCUUCCCUCGGCUGCCACCCGCUUCUGUGGACCAUGUGCUGCAGGAGCAUCGUGUGGAGCUGCGGCCCACCACGCUGUCAGAGGAGCGGGCACUGCGGGAGCUUGCCCUGCCGGGCUGCACCUCACGCAUGCUGAAGUUACUGGCGCUGCGCCAGCUGCCCGACAUUUACCCUGAUCUUCUCGGCCUGCAGUGGCGUGACUGUGUACGCCGCCAGCUGGGUGACUUUGACACUGAGGCUGGAGCUGUGUCCUCCUCAGAGCCCACUUUGGCCAGAGAUGAGCCAGAGAGCCUAGCCCUGGCUCGGAAGUCACCGGCCCCCAAGGUCAGAAAGCCAGGGAGGAAGCCACCAACCCCUGGCCCGGAGAAAGCAGAGGCAGCCGCUGGGGAAGAGUCCUGUGCUGCCUCCCCUACCCCUGCUGCCUGUGCCAGCCCACCUGGCCCCACACUGAAGGCCCGCUUCCGCAGUCUGCUGGAGACCGCCUGGCUCAAUGGCCUGGCUCUGCCCACAUGGGGCCACAAGUCAUCAAGACCAGACCGGCCCUCACCCUGCCCACAGCUGCUGGACAGCCAGAGCCAUCACCUGUAGCACUGGUUGCCAGUGCUGUGUGUAUAGUGAUCACUCUCCACCCUUCCCUUGUGCCUGCCCAGCUGCCCCGGGGCCAGGAGUGGAUGCUGGGGUUGGGGCUGGGGCUGCUCCCUUGGAGGGGUUCCAGCUCUGACCCUGGGGCCCACCCAGGGUGGGCUGAGAGCCCCUGAGCUUUUAACACGAGAGUCUUUAUUGGAUGGGACUACUUCCUAUUUCUUGCCUAGAGAACACACAUGGGCUUUGGAGCCCGACAGACCUGGGGUUGAAUCCAGGCUCGUGUUCUUGCUGCAGGACCUGGGCGAGAAACUUCACCUCUGCUGAGCCCUCAUUCCCCAUGUGUAAAAUGGGACAACACAACCUACCUCACAGGGUUGUCGUGGGGAUGCUGCCUGACACAUACCCUGUCCAUACCCUGUCAUGAUGUGCUCUCUGCUUCCUCCCUGGGACAGGGCCUAGAAUUGGAGGCAGAGAACCUUCCUAUAGAAAGUCUUCAUGUGUCCUAGGACUUGGCUGUCGUAGAGUGGUACCUUAGACAGUGGGUGUGACUCACUUUCAGGAGUCACCCUCCAGCAUUUGGGGUUGGGUUGGCCCCACUCCAGCCUGGAGCUCCCUGAGGGAGCCUGCACUCCCUGCUCCCAGUCCCCGCUAUUGGUGCAGGGAUGCAGCCUGGAGCUGGUGUCCUUGUUCUGGGCCUGCUGCUGCCACCCCAGGAGGCCCCAGGCCUGUCCUGAAUUGACAUCAGUUCUUCAAACUGCCUCCCCUACUCCUGGCAUUAUCCCAGGAAAUUACGUUUUCUAGAAGCUAAGCAGCUGCUGGGACUCAGGGACUGAUGCAGGUGGGCUGAGUGGCAGCUCAGUCCUAGAAGGUCUCUGAAUCUGGACUGAGGAUCCUGCUGCUCCCCAAGCCAGAGCCCAUCAGCCAGGCCUGCUGUGAGCCACCUGCCUGCGGAGUGCUGAGCUGAACCAAAGGCUGGCAAGCUCUGGGCCUUAUUUAAGGGAUUGUGAUGGGCCCUGGAGACAGCCCAUUAAAGCAUCUGGCUUGUUUUUGGAA